CUAUAUUACUAAUUGCAAAAUUAAUUAGCGUAUUAUUUAAUACAAAUAUAUAAAAAAAUUCAGUAGGAUUUUUGUAUAUUUUAUCUUAACAGAUUUUGUUAUAACUAAUGAUAACAUUCAAAUAUAUUGUUAAAAUUAAUUUAUUAUUAAUAUAUUUAUUGAUUAUUAAGAUUUCCUAGAGAUGUUAUAUAUUUGAUUGAUUAAUACAAAUAAUCAAAUAUAUAUCAUAUUAAGUAAUUAAUUCAAUGAUCCUAUUAUGACUUCUCAAUGGUAGAUAAAAACAGUGACUCUAUUUUAAUAGAAUAGAUUUUUUUUCAAAAAGAUCCAUAAUAUAUAUUGACUACUAACUGAUUUUUUUAUCUAUUUCCUUAUUGCAUACCAUAUACCAUUAUUGUAAAUAUAUAUGUGUAUAUAUGUAUGCAUCUAACUCUAUAAAUAUAAUAUUUAUGUACACUACCAUUAUAAACGUUGCUUUGUUCUUUCAGAAAUUCUCUCCAAACUGUAACGCCAAAAAUGACUAAAGUCUCUAUUUUUGCUUUCUUCAUGAUCAUCUUCGUUUUAGGAGUGGUGAUUCAAGAAACUCAAGGACAAAUGUGUCAUGCUCUUGGAAUGAAAUCAAACUGUAAUGAUGGCGCAUGUGCCAAUCUGUGUAAGCUGAAAUGGAAGGGAAGCGGCUCGUGCUUCUCAAACCAGCAUGUUUACAGUUGUAUAUGCAAUUUUCCUUGCAAAAUUUAAAUUUAUCUAUCUUUAUAUAGAUGUCAUAGUUAAAUGAUUUUGCUAUCUUUUCUAAUUUUAUAUGGUUUGGUUUUCUCGCGGGACAGAAACGGUAUCGGUUGAAAUCAAUAAAAUAAUAAACAUUUCCAUUACAAAAGCAGAGGAGUAUUCUGUUUUGAUUAUAUCGUAACUUGUGGCUUACGUAACGAAGCUAUUAUUACACACAUACUACAUAGAGAACCAUUAACAUGCUUAUUCAAAGUCUCCCACCACCUGGAAUCUCAAUCCGUCCAAGCUGAAUCUCGACUUCACCGCAUUCAACAUUACUCAACACAAGAAUCAUGUACUGAACGAUCUUUCAAUUAUAGUAGACGAUUCUGCUCGCAAGUGUCAGUUCCUCGUUCCACUCUGGGUUACCGUCUUUUCCAUAUUACGACUCUUCAGCUUCUUGCGAAGUUUCACGAAUUUUAAACAACGAUAAGAAGGCAUGCAAGAUAUAAACCCUAAAAUGAAAAAAGAAUUCAUAUACUAAAGCUAUUUAUUUUUUCAUCUCUAUAGGCUAAAAGUUAAAUAUCUUAAAAUGAUUAUAAAUUGAUAUACGAAGAGUAUAAACAGCGAUAUAUAAAUAUAAUGACAUCAUAGCUAAGCGAGUCUCGUCUAGCGAGAUUGAUCCCUUCACUCGAAUUCUCAUAAGAUGGUGGAACUUGCAGGUGUGUGUUGGUGAAACGCUAUACAUUUUCAUUACAUUUCAACAAAAUAUUUGGGUAGAUACUACAAAUAUAAAUUCAUGUUACUUGAACAAAAGAAGAAACUUGAAGAGGUUCUAGAAAUUCAGGGUUUGCUUUAUUUCUUCAAUAGUAAAAACAUAUACAAAUAUAUAGUAAGGGUUUAUGGUUAUAUUCAACAUGUACAACUAAAGACCGAAGCAGAGACUUCUUACAAAACCAAAAAAAAAAUCUGAUGAGACAAAGACGAACUAGUCUUUGCAUGAACAGAAGGAAAAAAA